CGCGAGCAAACUAACGCGUCUCAAUGUUUGGAUUUUGUAAUUUAAUAUAAUAUCCUAAAUUCAGCGCUCGGAUGCUGGAGCGCGCAUGCGCGGCGCUGGGCGGGCGACGCGUGGCUGCGCUGCUGGUGUGCGGCGGCGGCGCGGCGGCGUCUGCGCUGGUCUCCGCCGCUACGCGUGCCGGCGUCCCCGUGCUGCGCGUCUCGCCUGCGCACACGCACUUCUCAUAUACCAUCGCUAAUGAGUUGCUCCCUUACGAGAUCCGGCUCGAGAUUACUGCUAAAGAAACCCUACAUGCACUCAGAGCAACCCUUCUACACACACAUUGGCACUCUUUCACGAUGCUGGCCGAGGAAGAUAUCUAUUCCACUUUGUCCCUACGGAAAGACCUAUCAUCAAUACUUACUGCUCAACCGCUUAAUCCUAAAUGGCUCUCGCUUCCAAAGAAAUAUUCCCGACACGCAGUAUUCAGACGUCUCGCGGAAGUAUCAAGGCUCACCCGCGGCGUCGUCGUCUUGAUAUGUGACAUCCAUUACGCUAAGCUGGUUAUGGAUGAAGCUAGGCGGCUCAACAUGCUCGAGGGCCAUUUCUUCUGGAUUUGGAUUGAUGCUUCCAGAGACCUUGAUGUCUUCCACAAUAUUGGCGACAGGGCACAAUAUGCCAACGAUAUCGAUCUUCAAUCCGACAGUUUGAGGAAUAAAGAUGAAACAUUAAGAUACGAACGCUUCGAACGCAGUAAACGAGAUGAUACAGACAAUAAUUCGAUAAACGAUGUAAGAGGCCGCGAUAAAUGGAGAGGGCUCAACGUAAUCUCAAAAGAAAGCCGAAAUGACGGAAUGAAUAUAAAGAAUAGUUCAAUAAAUUCGUUUUUUCGUCGUAAUAGUAGUAAUAAGACGAGAGCGCACAGUGUUAACAACAAAUUAUUAUUAUAUGUAAAUUUUAGUCAAUCUUACGACGGUAGUCGCAAUGUUAGUGCAGCAGCAGUUAGGAAUUAUAAUGUACAUAAUAAAGGCGUUGAAACUUCUAAAAUCGAAAACAAUUCAAUUGCGGAGGAAAAACUGUCCUUCCCUGAUAGGAAUUAUAGUCGUAGUAAUAGUAAAAUGGAAAAUGAAUCUUUUAAUAAAUAUGUAAAUAGCAUAAACUUAGGUAUUGUGAAUAAUGUAGACAAAAACUUAUUAUUGGAUCGAGAUGAUAUAAAUAGUAGAGAAGUAAAAGAUAGCGAUUUAUUCUCAAGUGAUAUUAGUGAUUUCUUAAUGAAUCCCACGGUGCAUACAUCUACAAUGCAUAUUGUUAGAGAUACUAUCGAGAAGAGAGGGGACCGAACUUUUGUGAAGGAACAAGUAAACGAAAAAGACAAUGAUAAAAUGAAGGAUAAUGUUACUGUGAUCUUUAAUAGCCUUCCUGUUGGGUUGUUGGCUUUGAAUCCUGAAUCUAUGAGAGUCGAUCAAGAGUUCGUACGUGCGGCUGUACGGCUAACGAUGGGAGCGUUACGACGGGUUUUACGGGCGUGUGACGCUUGGUCUGCGCAAGCACAGUUCUUCAGCGAUGCAGCUGCUUCGUGCUGGGAAGAACCUAGCGAUGCAGCAGCUGACUUCUCAGCGGAAUUCGUGAGGGAAACACGGAUAUCGACUGCAGCGGCAUUGGCCGGAGGUACCGAACGACCAGAGAAAGCACUGACUGCUUCUUUUGCGCUUUUAAACUUAGUACCGGGAGCUGAAGGUGGCAACACAUGGAGGCAAGUUGGGAGAGUAUUAGGUCGCAGUGUGCGGCUUCAUACCAUCGUCUGGCCAGGUGGACGGCUCGUCGCUCACGGGCAAUCGGCAGGAGCACGCACAAUUUUUCGUAUCGUCACAGCACUUGCCCCGCCUUUCGUAAUGGAAGGAGAGCUUGACGAAGAUGGUCAAUGCCUCCGAGGUCUUCCAUGCCAUCGACCACAAACAUCUGACAAAGAUAACUUGACCCUUGCAUUCAAUGAACUGGAAAGAGAAAGCGAACAAGAUGCAGAAGACUUUUUCUUUCCUACCCCAAAACCCACUAGCACUUUCUCUCGAAUGGCUACACAUUGUUGCUAUGGAUUAGCUAUGGAUUUGUUAGAAAAUAUUGCCCAAGAACUUGAAUUUGAUUUCCAUUUGUACAUUGUAGAAGAUGGCCUUUACGGAUCCCGAAAAUUAGUCAAGCCUUUUCGUAGACUUAAUGAAUAUCAAAGUCAGGCGAAUGAGUUUUUGAUGAGUCAGCAAAGUUAUCGUUCUCAAUACAGAAAUGGAAAACCUUUAGACGAGGAAGACGACGAGAAUUAUUUAUUUUAUGAAGAUUUAAAUGAAGAUCCUGAGAAAUGGAAUGGCGUUAUUGGAGAUUUGGUUUCAGGAGCGGCACAUAUGUCGUUUGCAGCGCUAAGCGUGUCAACUGCGCGAGCUGAAGUUAUCGAUUUUAGUCAGCCGUAUUUUUUUAGUGGAGUUUCCAUACUAGCGGCGCCAAAUCAAAGACCCGAUAUACCUUUGCUCGCAUUUCUGUUGCCGUUUUCACCUGAACUAUGGAUUGCAAUAUUCACGUCGCUCAACGUUACCGCUAUCUUUGUCGCCAUAUAUGAGUGGUUGUCUCCUUUUGGAUUGAACCCUUGGGGACGACAGAGGUCCAAGAACUUUAGUAUAUCAAGUGCCCUGUGGGUCAUGUGGGGCCUCUUAUGUGGCCACUUAGUUGCCUUCAAAGCUCCUAAGAGCUGGCCUAACAAGUUUCUAAUAAACGUUUGGGGCGGCUUUUCUGUGAUAUUCGUCGCCAGUUACACUGCCAAUAUUGCCGCCCUUAUAGCUGGACUGUUUUUUCAUAAUGCUGUGGAUGAUUAUCAAGGAAGAAGUAAUUGGCUGUCGCUUCGAGUUGGCACCGCCAGGUCUUCAGUCGCGGAGUAUUACGUUCAACGGAAUAACCCACAGCUGGCGCAACAAAUGCGUCGUUACGCGUUACAGGACGUCGAGGAAGGCAUUCAAAGGCUCAGAAACGGUUCUUUGGAUCUCUUGAUAGCAGAUACUCCGGUUUUAGAUUAUUACCGAGCUACUGACCACGGCUGCAAACUGCAACGAGUAGGAGAUCAUGCUCUUGCCGAGGACACUUAUGCCAUCGGAAUGACUAAAGGAUUUCCAUUGAAGGACAGCAUAUCAGCAGUUAUAUCUAAAUAUUCAUCUAAUGGAUACAUGGAUAUAUUGACCGAAAAGUGGUACGGGGGCUUACCCUGCUUCAAACUUAGUCCCGAUUAUGGAAUCCAGCCAAAACCUUUGGGUGUCGCGGCAGUGGCGGGUGUGUUCAUUCUGCUUGGUGUGGGAAUGAUCGUCGGAUGCCUGAUAUUGAUCCUCGAACACCUAUUUUAUAAAUACAUGUUGCCGGUUUUACGACACCAACCCAAAGGAACUAUUUGGAGGAGCAGGAAUAUCAUGUUCUUCAGUCAGAAAUUGUACAGAUUCAUCAACUGCGUAGAAUUGGUGUCUCCUCAUCAUGCGGCUAGAGAACUAGUGAACACCAUUCGACAAGGACACUUUACAUCGCUAUUUCAAAAAAGUGUCAAAAGGAAGGAACAUGAACAGCGUAGACGACGGAAAAGCAAAGCUCAAUUCUUCGAAAUGAUACAAGAAAUUCGGAGGGUUCAACAAGGGCGAGAUCGAGAUCAAUCUUUAGAUUCAAUAAAGGAACACGUCGCCGUUGAAACUCCUGACGUGUCAGAAGAGUUAACUGAAUCAAAAUUCCUAUCUCCUUCACCCGAAAUUCCCUCACGCUCGCCGAGACAGGGUCGUUCGCCGCGGCAAAUACGAUCUCCGAGGGGACGGCGGAAAAGAUGUAGCCUCGCCGGCCUAAAUGUUCGAAGAUUUAGUACUGACUCUGUACUCGGCUCCGAUUCAACGUCUUUCUAUGAGCGAACUAGCCUAAAUAUUGGAAGAAGACUGAGUCGUGAUACGAGUUGCUUAACCAAUUCGCCCCCUGACAUAAAUACUAGACUCCGCACACCUUCUCCGAUGGUCAGAAGAGCUGAAGGUUCAUCUACUAGAUCGUAUCAAGACGUUUCGGAACGAUCGACAAAUUAUUUGAAUAUAGACGGCCCAACUCCUCGAGUAAGUGUUGAAAUUUUAGUUUCUGAAGAUCAAGAAGUCCCUCCAGCCCCACCGUAUCCUAGAGUGUCUCCAACAGGAGCACGGUCAGAACUGUCUUUGUUGUCAGAAGAUGAAUUAAUAAGGUUAUGGCGGAGUUCAGAGCGAGAAGUUCGGGAAGCGUUGUUGGCGGCUUUGCAAGAGAGAAGAGCUACAUUAGAUCCAAAGCAAGAUCCUGGAUGAAAGAGAACUCUGAAUAUAUUUCUGGGAAGAAAUUGGUCGGCAGACAAUCUUAUGAGUACGUCUCAUUGCUGCUCGGUGCGAGAGCGAUAAGGAGUAUCGACAGUACACGCCGUAGUGGUUGAGUUAGUGCCUUUUUUACAUUGUUUGAUGCGGAAUCGUCUAGCGAGCGAUAGUAAGACAUACGGUGUUCAUUUCAGUGUCUUGGUAUUAUCGUAUUUGACAAGCUGCCUUAUUUUACAUUUAAUUGCUUCUUCAAUAUUAAGGCCGCGUCAAACAAUCUAAAUUAUGGUACUUGGUUUGGUAGGUACUAUUGAAUUUGGAGAUGUUUACGUCCAGAAAAUCAAUUUAAGCGAUUAUUAGAAAUAUGAAAAUGUAGACUUGAAAUACUAUAAAUAUGUAUUAAAUAGCUGUGACCAGAAAAUUUAAAGUGCUUUAUCCUAUAGUCUAGUCGGCGAUAGAUAUUUUAAUUCAACCAUGGGCAUUGUAAUAUGAAAAAUAGUGUAGUAAGUACAAAAUAUUAAAAAAAAAAACACUUAAAGGUCUUUUUGAUGCAAAUAAACGACUACUAUCGAAUAAGUUGAAGUAAAUUAGGAAUUCUAUAUCGGCAGGGACAGUAAAAUCACACAUGUUCGUAAUGAUUAAUGUUCCUAAUUUUAGUGUACACUAUAGAAUAGUCUCAUUUGCAUGCCUUGGAAUUUGCAUUAAUUAACAUAACAAACUUUUAUUUGGAAAGUACAGCAGCUUUGAGAACAUACUGAUUUUGGAUCUAAACGAUAUGUUACGAGUAUUGCUAUUGGUAAAGCGAAGUAGGCGAUACGGUUGAAAAAUGAUCUUUUUAUGUCUAAGGAAUGUUUACGUGGUUUGGCAUAGUUAUUCUGAUCGAAAAAAUACUUUUGUGACCGUGUGUGUUUCAUGUCUAUUGGUACACACCUCAAUCCAGCAUUGCGGAUCGAAAAGUGUGUUCCACCAGUAACUUCGAUUGUACAACAUACAAGUUGUAUUUGGAAUUGUUGCGGUUUGAAGAAAAUGUCCAGUUAUUUACUGUUAUUGCAAACUUUUCUAUUCCCGUUCCGUCGGAGUUGCGCAAAACAAAACCAGUGAGUUGGUGGAUUCGUCUCCCAACUCAAGCAAGUUCCGGUUUUAGUUCGUAUUAGUUUCAUAAUAAAUGAUUGCAUUCAAACAAACUUAGGGAUCUAUGCUUCAAAUUUUCGUUGAGCAUGCGAAGACACCGUAUCGGCCAAAAGAGCAUGUUCUCAUAAUUUAAAGAAUUUCAUCUUUUCAAUUUAUAGUUUGUAUUGUAUACAAAAUGACAACGUUUAUGUAACAUAAUUUAAGUACUACAAAUAUAAUAAACUCGUGUAAAACAUGCGCUAGGGUCGUACUACUUAAGCUCGAAAAAUAAACAACAAAACUGCCAAACGUAUCUAAUUAGGUAGUAAUAAGAGUUUAUUAUAACACUUCUUCCUAGACUUGCACCCUAGACUUUAGUUAGAUUUUCUCUCUCUUGUUCUAUCCUAUAUUUCAGCGCGGCUUAUGCUAAAUUCGCUAUUCCCUAAGUACCUAUAUGAUAGGAAAAAGUGAGCAAUAUUUUCCGAAUAGACUUUAUAUAUACGUGCUUGUCCAUCUAAACAUGGCGUCACUUGUCUAUUUGAUGUUUUGAAAUGUAAAUGAUUUUAAUUUACAUGGUAGCUUUCGUCAAAGCCAAAAGCUUCAAAUAUUCAUUUUGGUAGGGUUUUAGUUCGAAGAGUAUUUUAAUACAGUGACCUUUCGUGUUUUCCCUUUGCGAACAACAAUAUUGUAAUUCCCAAAACCGUUGUAUUACUUUUGGCGAUGUUUGUAUAUUCCGUUCUGUGGUGCUCCCCAAGAUAUUAAUUUGCUAUGUUAUUAUUCCAAUUUCGGACCAAAAAAGUAACUUUGUUUGUUAAUAGAUACAUUACACAUAAUUCUAUUGGAUGUGAGUCAUCUAGUGAUAUUUAAAGUCUUAUGCAUUUCUCUCUCUAAUGUAUAAAUUACGGACUAUUAUAAUAUUAGGUAGAAUGAAAAUUAAUGUUAAGUAGUCCAACAAUAAAUAAUUUAAGAAAUUGAAGAUCAAACUACUCUAGAUGAAUACAGAAACGUUGAGCAAAUUAAUAGUGACUUCGUUUUAUAAAUAUAAUUUUUAUAUUUUUUAAACUUAUGAUAGAUCCAGGUCCAGCUUAUUAUUUUUCGACUUAAAGUAACAUAAUAAACGGCUGUAUCUGUAAAUACACAUGUUUAGAUUUUAACAGGAUCUAUUGGCAGGCAACCGCAAACAGAAUGCAGUUGGCACGUCUGGUUGCUAUGUUUACGAGUUUCGAUGGUUCACGACCGUCUCGGCUGCACAGCCGUGGUUAGAGAACUGUUAGGUUACGAAUUUACAUCCUAAUAAUAUUUCUCUGAAUGGUUUUUUGCAACACAACUUUUCAGGAUUCCAAUAUAUUUGAAUAGACACAUCAGCAGGAAUAAAAUUCUCAGAUAAAAACUAAUUGUUUAGGAAAAUACUAUUUUUGCGUAUACCUACUUAAAUAUAUUUGUAACGCUAUCAACUGCUACAUGUUAAAAGUUGGCAUAUUAAAUAAAAUAUGCUAUGCAAAUAAACAAAAUAAAGAAGAAUAUUUACAAAUUACAAAAAUACACAUUACAAAUUAUUGUUCAUUUAAAUAAUCUUGCCAAUUUUACGUGUAUGGAAUGCGUGGGAAAGCAGAAUUGUUAUUUUAUAAUUUCAACCAAGUUAUUGUUUAAUCUAUAUUUUAAUAAAACAAUAUGAUAUCGAAAAAUACAAAGAAAAUACUAACUAAAUAACUUGUAAUGUUUUAUUGUAUAUAAUUAAAAAAAUAACGCCAAUUUUAUGAUUAGUAUUUUAACAUAUUACAUAAACAAAAGAUUAUGUACUUGGUAUUUUAUCUGCAUAUUGUUGUACAUAAAAAAUGAUUAUAUUGGUAUUAAAAUACUUAAUUAAAUAUACUUAAAAGUCAAAACAUCAAUGGUAGGGCAAUUAGCAUGUAUGUUUAUAAUGUUAUUAUCACUUAAUUAUGAUAUCACAAAUACGAGUAUGUUGAAUACCACGUUAAUAGGAAUAUUUUGUUUGAUUGGUUUAUACAAUUAUUAAUUAAUAUUUUAUUUUAUUUAGCCCUGUUGAUGGAAAAUGCAAAGAUGAUAGUUGGAAAAUUAAAUA